AUGGCUCCAGAAUCAGUCUUUGACCAUGUCAUUCUUCUUGUGCCCCAUAAGCAGCUCGUUUCGCCUCCGCAGUGGCUCUCGGGUGCUUUCACCAUUCUGGACGGUGGGGUGCAUGAGGGUGGUCUGACGGAGAACAAGCUCAUAGUGCUUGAAGACGGCAUCUACCUCGAGCUCAUUGCCUUUGUGGACGGUGUAAGUUCCCAGGAUAGGGCGAUGCACCCAUGGGGAAAGCAGCCCGAGGGACAAAUCAUCCACUGGGCUCACACCAUCCUCAGCCACGAAGAGGACCAAGACUCGGAUACGUCUGAGCAGAAAUUCAGUGCCAUUCAGGCAAGGAUUGAGGAUGCAAAGGUGGGAAUCAAGUAUUUCGAUCCGGAUCCUGGGUUUAGGACAAUGGCGGACGGCUCAAAGAGGGUAUGGGCCAAUGCUAUACCCAACUUUGACGACUACAAGGGGCCGGUUUGGAUCAAUCAGCAGCCGUUCUGGACCUUUGAUCGGACUCCACGAUCUCUGCGAGUGCCGGUUACGCCGGAGAACACGUCCCAUGCGUCUGGUGUUGUUGGUGUUGCCGCCAUUUCUCUGUACAUUAAAGACGAGAAGACAGUGGAGAAGAUGGUCCCGUUUUACAACGCAGUUUUCAACGACUCUGCUGUCAAGGAGACGCCAUCCGACAAUGUUAUGCGGUAUAGAUGGGAUGCUGCGGCGCCUGCGCAUGAGAAGUUUGGGAAGAGAUAUUUCUUCCUGUGUCACGCGGUGGAAGAUGCGUUUACGGAGGAAGAGAUGGCUGAGGCGGGUGGCAUUGUGCCUGAUAUUUUCAUCAAGCUGUCCUUGUACACAAGGGGAGAGGCGGAAACGGUGAAGGGAAGAUUUGUGAAGGGUACGCUGAUCACAUUCGAGUUGCUUCCGACGGCAGCUUCGUAG